ACCACCCAGUCCCUGGCGGCGAUGAGACAGAGCGGCGCCUCCCAGCCCCUGCUGAUCAACAUGUACCUGCCAGAUCCCGUCGGAGACGGUCUCUUCAAGGAAGGAAAGAGCCCCGGUUGGGGGCCGCUGAGCCCGGCUGUACAGAAAGGCAGCGGGCAGAUCCAGCUGUGGCAGUUUCUGCUGGAGCUCCUGGCGGACCGCGCCAACGCCGGCUGCAUCGCGUGGGAGGGCGGCCACGGCGAGUUCAAGCUCACAGACCCAGACGAGGUGGCGCGGCGCUGGGGCGAGCGCAAGAGCAAGCCCAACAUGAACUAUGACAAGCUGAGCCGUGCGCUGCGCUACUACUACGACAAGAACAUCAUGAGCAAGGUGCACGGCAAGCGCUACGCCUACCGCUUCGACUUCCAGGGUCUGGCCCAGGCCUGCCAGCCGCCUCCGGCGCACGCCCACGCCGCCGCUGCGGCCGCCGCUGCCGCUGCCGCCGCCCAGGACGGCGCGCUCUACAAGCUGCCUGCAGGCCUCGCCCCGCUGCCCUUCCCGGGCCUCUCCAAACUCAACCUUAUGGCCGCCUCGGCCGGCGUCGCGCCCGCGGGCUUCUCCUACUGGCCGGGCCCGGGCCCCGCCGCCACCGCCGCCGCCGCCACCGCAGCCCUCUACCCCAGCCCCGGCUUGCAGCCCCCGCCCGGGCCCUUCGGCGCGGUGGCCGCCGCCUCGCACUUGGGGGGCCACUACCACUAGACGGGGCGGCCCUGUGCCGCGCGACCUCUCCCGGGCGCCCAGAGCCUCGCUCGGUCCCAUCCACACCCGGGAAAGGGGCCGGGAGCCUCCCCGACCGUUCCUGUGAUCUUAGAUUUUCCUCCGUCGCAGCACCCAGCCCCUGGGGGAAGGGACCUGAAGCCUCCUCUGUCUUCUUUUAACUUUAUAUUUGCCACCGCCUCCCGCCACCUCGUCGUACCCGCCCCCACCCCGGCUUUCUUUAACUUCCAUCUUCAUGGCCCCAGAGCCCUCAAGGGGGUUGCGGGACCUCCCGUGUCUUUUUCUGCCCUCCACCUGUACUUCUGCCUGGCUCCUGGAAGCCCCUUCCGUUCUGACCUCUCUUUUUCGAAUUCCAAGUCUUUUCUCGUUUUUUUUCUUUCUCCCACCGAGCGCCCCGUCCUAGAGUGAUAGCGGCCUCACACAGCCCACCUGCUCCUUGACCUCCGGGACUUCACCGGGUUUGGUGAGGCUCCCUGGCCCUGGGACUCAUCUAGGUAGCUUCCGCCCCCCCCCUUCCUCUCUCUCUCUCUCUCUCUCUCCCCCUCUCUCUGGAUGGCCUGGUGUGUUUCUAUUCCCUUCCAGAACCAUUAAA